AAGAGAGCUUCAACUGGAUCCUCAGCAGGUGAUGCCAUCUGGUCCAGGGGCUCUCUUGUCUUGCACUGUGGACAUUCAGCACUGGAGAAUUCUUUGCUUUGCUUUCUCAAUCUGGUCUACAAAGUGAGUUCCAGGACAGCCAGGACUUUAGAGGGAAAACCUCAUCUCAAAGGUCCUGGAAGUGGAACUUAACGUCUUCAAACUUGGCCGAAGUCUCCUUUAUCCACUGAGCCACCUCACUGGUCCUACAAAUACAGUUAACAGCCUGCAGCAGGACCGUGACCAGCCCUCUACAGCUGUGAUAUUCCUGAGUAGAAACCUGGGACUUGGGUCUGCAUCUGGAAUCUGCAAUCAGAAAGGCCAGCACCGGAGGUGACGAGGACUCAACCUCAUAUUGCCACAACUGUCUCAUUGGCAUAAGAGACUAGAGGUUGACCAGGACUUCCACCGUCUCCGGCACAACAGUGAAGACAGCAGAGGCACCAGAGCCCAACAUCACAGCAUUUUACCUAAUUUUACUUCCGAUCGUACAUGUUUUAUUUGUGAAGAAAGAAUGGCUCACCUAAAGAUACAUGGUUUGGUCCAGAUCCGCAGCACAAACAGGAGCAAGCACACCAGGGCAUCUCAGUGGAAAGAAGCAGUCAUCGAAAUAGUAGAAAGAAAACAGAAAGUUAAUCUGGUGGUUUCUUUUAAGUUGGAGGAGAGGAGAAGGGUUUUUCAGCUGGGUGAUAACGUUACAGGUGUAGUGGUUAGUGGCGAGCUGGGACUGUAUCAUCUGGAUUUAACUUUGAGAGAUGACACGUCCUUACUCAUUGACAAGUUAUCCUCCGCAGAUGUUGAGCAUUUGAAGUCAUUCCUGGAUUCGUCCACUCCAUGUGAAUCCCAGCAACCCAUGGAGUCCAUGAGUAAUCAGGAUACUCUUGAAAUCAGCGACCCAUUUUUCAGGGAGAACCAAGACGUAGUCUGUGUUUCCCUGAAUACUGCCCUAGAGAGUGGGACACUGCUCUCCCGGAAGAUGCCACUCUGUAUGUCAAACACCACGGGCAGUCAUACUGAAAAAAAGAGAGGAGAAAAACAAGGCAGAAAAAGGAAGACAGAACCAUCACCAUCCACUGUAGAAGUGACCACCAAGGAUAUUCUCAAAGAAAAUAAUCCUGAACAAAAAAAGAAAUCCAGGCGGUAUUACUCCAGGAAUAGAGGAGGCAAAGCCGAGAAAGCUGUGGCUUUAAGGGAACAAGAAAAGCGCAACAAUUGGAAGCUUGAACCUGCUUUCAGUUCCAAAGUCUAUGGAAAGUCUACCCUAGACGGCACUGUUCUCCCAAUCGCGACGUGCUCUGAUGACAGAGAUUUAUCGAUAUUUGGCCUGGAGAUCAUAACACAUAACGGAAUCCAGCCUCCUCCAGACAAUUACCUGAAGCAGCUAAAGCGUGAAGGCUUCCCCAAUUUGGGAAAUACUUGCUACAUGAAUUCCAUCUUACAAUCUGUCUUUGGAAUUCCAACCUUUGCAAAGGACUUACUCACUCAAGGUAUCCCAUGGGAGAAAGUUUCCUACGAUGACCUUAUCAUGCCCUUAAGCCAGCUUCUUGUCUUGAAAGACAUUCGAGAUAUAGAGAUCAAGGGCGAGUUACUCACCAGUGUGAAGAAGUCCAUCUCCACAGUUGCAGACACAUUCUCGGGCAACGAACAGAAUGAUGCCCAUGAGUUUUUAAGUCUGUGUUUAGACCAGCUGAAACUGAACAUGGAAAAAGUAAAUGCCAUGUGGGACACUGAGAGGAAAAAUGAACCAACGUGUGCUGGAGCCAAAAGGUUUGUUUGUCCCGUUGGUGCUAAUUUUGAAUUUGAGCUGCAUAGCUCCAUCAUCUGUGAAGGCUGUGGGGAGGCUACUCUCAAGACCGAAGUGAGCAAUUACCUCUCCAUCGACCUGCACCACGGGACAAAAACACACCCUCUCUCAAUUCAAAAGUCUUUUGAUCUGUUCUUCACACCAGAAAAAAUUGAGCAUAACUGCGAGAAAUGCAAGAACAAGAAUUCUGUUCUCAAGUACACAUUGAGGAGACUCCCCAGGGUCCUCAUUGUUCAUCUGAAACGCUACCAAGUUACCACUGACUUGUUGCCAGUGAAGAGUGAGCAGCCAGUUGAGAUUUCUCAGUAUUUGAAUAUAUCUUCCCAUUGCCAUGAAAACAGGAAGUUACCAUUUCCCUUGAUCAAUACACCCCCUAAGGGAGACUAUGAUAUCCCAAAUGUCUCUCCAGGGCUGAUGCCUGAGAUCUUUAGCCAGUCAAUGUCGUCUAAGAAGGUGAUUUCUGAAUCCAGUGACCCCCUGGUUCUACAGGUUGGAUCCAGCGUGGAUGCCGAAAUACAAAGCUUCCAGAUAAUGUAUGAGGAUGAAAGUGAAGAAGAGCAGCAGAGAGGCCUGGAAAGUGGUUCUAUGCUGGACCCAGAACUAUUGAAGACAGAAAACAGGGUAUUCAGACAGAAGAUAUCUCCAGCACCUGACUCAAUGAUGGGUGACGGAUACAGCUUCCUUCCUAUGCUCUGUGAGCCUAUGAGCAUCCAAGACCCAGGUCUUGCAGAGAUGGGUCUUCAAGAGGUUCCAGAGAAUCCAGAAUUUAAGUACUAUGGAAAGCCAGAUGGCCGUACUAACAGUGAGCUGUCAAAACUCCACCAGAAUCAUGGGGGUCGAAUCAAGGGUUCGUAUCUACCGGCAUCAUUUGCAAAUAUGAGAAGUUCUCUGGAAGACCCAGAGAAGGACCUGAGCAGGUCUUCAGAAUUUGAGGAAGAUGAUCCGCAUUCCUUUGCAUUGGGUUCUGAUGAAUCAAAGGAUGAGGAGAUGGGAGACAAUCUUCAUAAUUACAGGCUCGUCAGUGUUGUCAGCCAUUUUGGGAGCUCCCCAAAUUCAGGCCAUUACGUAAGUGAUGUGUAUGACUUCCAAAGGCAAGCCUGGCUCCUUUACAGUGAUGUCCAAGUGUUCGAGAAUCCAGAUCCCUCCAGUCAGGAGAAUAGGCUUCACACUGGAUACAUUUUCUUUUACAUGCAUAAUGAGAUUUUUGAGGAACUGUUGAAAAAAGCAUCGGAGUGCAAGGUCCUUAGCACAUCUAAAGAAGAAAAGAGGGACAUAGAUUAUUUCUCAACACUGCUUAAUGGCCUUACAUAUAUCCUAGAAGAGUUCUAAAUCUUGCCCAUAACGAAGAAGAGUCACAUAACUCAAGAUGAAAACUCGGCCAAAAACAAAAAAUGAACGGACAUACUAAAACAGAAACCCAGGCCUUGCUAUCGCAGGCUAUGCACCAUUCUUUCCUACAAGGCUAAAUGGUGCUUUUCUUGUUUUGUGGUGGUUUUAAUUUCUUCACAGACGUUAAUAAAACUCAUCAUUUUGAGACUACCAUUUGUUAACUAUGAUAAUAGGGAAUCUGGAGAGAAGGUACAGUAGUUGAGAGUGCAGACUACUCUGAGAGAGGACCCAAGCUUGAUUUCCCAAUACCUAUGUUAGGUGUGACUGGCGUGUCCUUGGAGGCAGGAGGCAUGAGAUAGCCUAGAAUGGGAAUACAAGUGAUAGUAAGCUGCCUGACUUGGGUGCUGGGAACUGAACUUAGGUUUUCUGCAAGAGCAGUUUCCACUUUUAAACACUAAGCCAUCUCUUGGCUUUCAUUCUAAUUUUAGUGUGUGUGUGUGUGUGUGUGUGUGUGUGUGUGUGUGUGCGCGUGCUAUCCAUAAGAGCAAAGCAUGAUGCUUUUAAAAUGUUGUUCUGAACCAGUACAACACAGCAAGGAGCUAAUUAUAAGUUCUAAUGCUGGGGUUCAACGUCAGAAACAAUACCAGUAGUUACUUAAGAGUUUGAGAAAUAUUUAUUUAGUGUGUGGAGUGUCUUAUUGAAUUUUAGUGUAUAUAAAUCACUCAUGUCAUCCAGAGCCUCCUCAUUGGUUUUAUCCCAAAUUCAUAUGUGCUGUUCUUUUGUCAGUUUAUUAAAACCAUUGUUUUCCAUGUGUGUUUGUGAUUCAUCCAUGAGAUUAUAUAGCUGCCCACCACCUGGUUUUGUGCUUCUCAGAAUUACAGGGUACAUUAAAGUUACACAGGAAAUGAAAUAGGUAGCAUUUGCAAAUUGCAAGGCACUCUAAGGACUCAGUGGGGAAAAACACCUGCCUUCAAGCCCUGUGACCUAACUCCAAUGAGUUGUCCUCUGACCUCUAGGGAAGCUAUCAGAUGAACACCCAUGAAUAAAUGAAUGAAUAAAAUCUAACUUUCUAAAGGUUUACCCAUUAUGUGUAUAGUGUUCUGCCUACCUGUAGGCCUACACAUCAGAAGAGAGCACUAGAUCUCAUUAUAGAUGGUUGUGAGCCUCAAUGUGGUUGCUGGGAAUUGAAUUUGGGGCUCGUAGAACAGCCAGUGCUCUUAACUGCUGAACCAUCUCUCUAGCCCCUAAAAUUUAAUCUUUUGAGAUGUUACUAUGUAGCUCUGGCUGUCUUGGAACUCUAUGUAGAUCAGGCUAUCCCUAAACUCAAGAAAUUUUCCCUGGCCCUGCCUCUUGGGUGCUGGUAUUGAAGGUUUGCACCCCCAUGCCUAACCCAAUGAAAAUUUUAAAGCACUUUAAAGUGCCAAAUAUAUUUGUUAGAUUUAAAUCAUGGUUGACAUGAGAAAUGGGUGGUUCAAGGUAGAGGACAAGGGCUAGAUCAUCUUGCAGGUGAGAGCUUCAUUAGAAAAUAGUAAUACCACAAACAGUAUGGAGGGGUUCUAAAGAGAACCUUCAACUCAAGACAAGGCAAGGUUCCCCUGAGUUUCCAAAGGAAGGAAGAAGCCUCGUGCCAUGAGGCAGUUAAAUAGUAGUGCAUGCUUUCUACUGAUUCUGCAAGGGGAAGUACAACAAGCUGUCUACACUGUGUAACCUGAUCUGAGACACCAACACCACAUCUAACAGUGUUUCAAACAUGAAAAAAUAGUACAGAGGCACUUUCAAGGGCCUAGGGAGAUAGUUCAGUAGGUAAGAGUCAUGUGCAAGCAUGGGGACUUGAGUUCAAAUCCCCAGCACCCUGGUGAUGGCCAUGCAUGUAUGCCUGUGACUCUAGCACCAGACAGCAAAGGCAGAUUCUAGAGCUCACUAGCCAACCAGCAGCCAAAAUGGUAAGAGUAUGGCACAGUGAGAUUGUAUUUAAAAAACAAAAAUAGGAAGUGGGAGAAGAAAGCACUGAGUGUCCUCUGGCCUUCACAUGUGCAUGCAUGCACCCAUGUGCAAACAUUACACAAGUGUUAUUUUCCAAAUUCCUCUUUGGGCCUGGAGACAUGGUUAAGAUUACUUUCUACUCUUUCAGAGACCCCAGGUUCGAUUCCCAGUAUUCGCAUGGGGUCACACCAUCUGUAACUUCAGUUCCAGAGGAUCAAAUGGCCUCUUCUGUCUUUGUAGUGUACAGACAAAACACCUAUAUGUAUUAAAACAUUGCUUAAUUCUACCUUCAAAGGGGUACCAUAUAUUCAUAGCCCGUGGCUAAUCGUGAAAAGCUUAUAAAAUUCACAGUGCUAAUAUACUAUAUAAGAGCAUGUACAAACGUUUAGAAGAUUUUUGAGGUUAUAAGAAAAAUACUAGCUGGAGAGAUGCUCAGCUUUUAAGAGCACUGCUGCUCCUCCAGAUGGACCCAGGUUCAGUUCCCAGCACCCACAUGGCAACUCAUGACUCUGCAACUCCAGUUACAAAGGGAUCUGAUACCCUCACACAGACAUACAUGCAAACAAAACACCAGUGCACACAACAUUAAUGUCAAUUAUAAAAAAAACCAUCUACCAUCUAAUUUGGGUUGAUUAGACUGCUGAGCAGUUAAGAACACCGUGUGCUUUUUCAGAGGUCCUGAGUUCAAUGCCCACCUACCAUAUGGUGGCUCAGGACCAUCUAUAAAGGGAUCUGAUGCCCUCUUCUCUUAUGAAGGUAUGCAUGCAGACAACAUUCCUACAUUAAAUUCAUUAAAUAAAUACUAAAAGCCUGGUAAUUUAUAAAAUAUGGGGCAAAAUUAAGUGAGGGUGAUUUGGGGAAAAGAUUAGUCUAGAACAGCAGUUCUCAGCCUGUAGGUUGCCAUUCCUUUGGGGUGGUGGUGGUCAAAGGACCUUUUUGCAGGAGAUUGCCUAUCAGAUAGGCAGUAUGUUGGGAGCAGGCAAAAGAAACCCACCCUAAAUACAUCCGCUUCAUUUUUCAGACUCCAUUUAAUCAUGGGGAGAGACUAAGUUCAAGCUCCCUAGCCCUAGGGGAGCUGGGGACUUCCUAAUAGCUGAAUAGCUUCUAUUGUAAGGAAACAGUUGUCUGAGUCCAAACAACUCAAGAACAACUCCAUCUUGUUGGCAGGGUCAUUACUAAGUUCAUGUUCCCGGGUCCAGGAACCUACUCCUAACCUGUUUGGUGAAAACUCCCUUGCUCAACCCCUUGUGUCAAAAUAUGGUAGAGCAGUGCUACAACCUACCCCGCUCCCCCUUGGUUUGUGGUCUUGUCCUUUAAAUAUGUUGUACAAUUUCCCUUCAGGAUGCAGUUCAGCUUCUGAGUCUGUUCUUUGGCUGUGAUUGAUCAGUAGUGGCUUAAUUACAAUAAAUGUUUUUCAUCUGC